GACACCUAACCACAACCGCGGAGGACAGAGUUAAGGGAGACAGAUUUCACCGCAACACCUCGUGGUCGGUGUGUUGUGCGCAUGCGCGGUAGUGAAGCUGUGCUGUGUGACUGACUCUGACCGCUCUGACUCUGAUUUCAGCUCUAAAUGAUGAAGUUCCUCCCGAAGCUGCUGCUGCUGGCGCUGCUGGUCCUCCCAGCGACGCUGCUCAUCAGAGGGCCGACGGUGAGUGCCCAGGAUCUGACUGAAGAUGAGGAGGCCGAGGCUGAGGCUGUGGAUGUGGAUGAAGAUGUUGUGGAUGAUGUGACGGCUGAAGACGAGGACGACGAGGCGGAAGUGGAAGACGACGAGAAUGCGGAACUGACGGAAGAAAAAGAAGAUGAAGAGGAAGAAGCGUUGGUUGGAGAGGUGAAGGCUUCCCCCAACGCUGACACCACCAUCCUCUUUGUAAAAGGAGAUGGUAAGUACUUCCCCGCCAACAACAUCGUCAAGUUCCUGAUGGGCUUCUCCAACAAGGGAUCGGAGAACUUCAUCGUGGAGUCUCUGGACGCGUCCUUCCGUUACCCGCAGGAUUACCAGUUCUACAUCCAGAACUUCACGGCGCUCCAGCUCGGCAUCGUGGUUCCCGGCGGCAGACAGGCCACCUUUGAGUACUCCUUCAUCCCCGCAGAGCCGAUGGGAGGCCGGCCGUUCGGACUCGUCAUCAACCUCAACUACAAGGACAGCAAUGGAAACAUGUUCCAGGACGCCGUGUUCAACCAGACCGUCACCAUCACAGAGAGAGAGGACGGACUAGACGGAGAGACGAUCUUCAUGUACGUCUUCCUGUCAGGCCUCGGGCUGCUGGUCGUCGUUGGCCUUCACCAGCUGAUGGAGUCCAGGAAGAGGAGGCGUCCAGCUGCGAAGGUGGAAAUGGGAACUUCGAGCCACAAUGACGUCGACCUGAGCUGGAUCCCUCAGGAAACACUCAACCAGAUCAUGCAGAGUCGCAGAGACAAAGCGUCUCCCAAAAGAUCUCCUCGCAAAAGGAGCCAGAAACGCUCGGCCGGCUCGGACGAGUGACGGGCGCCGUGACGACCACGGCGGCAAAACUUCAACCACCGGUCUACGCAGGAGGAAGAGGAGGAGGAGGAGGCUGUGAGCGCCACGCUGAGCGCACUCUGCCCUCUCUACUGAGGAACUUUAACCAGUGCCAAGCACAGCGAUGGCUGGCUCUCUACUUUCAGCUUAAAAACUGUCUCACACACACACAGACACACACACACACACACACACACACACAGCCCAUUUUGUUUAGCGGUUACAGUGAAGCUGUCACAUGACGGAGAGAAGUGGAAAGGAUCAUCCUAAAACAGGUGCGUUGGGUUUAAAGGGCACAUCUCUCUCUCUGAAGGUCGUUGGUUUUUCUUAGUUUGCUACCUCCCACUCUGGUAGCCGUUAGUUGCAGCUCCUCUGUGGUGAGUAACGGAGCCACCGUGACGGUAACAAAUGUAGUUUUGUAGAUAGUUUCUGCACGUUUUGGAUUUGGUAGAGUGCGUCUGCUCUCCUGAUUUGCGUCGCUCAUUUCACCGCUUAGAUCCUGUAGGAACUAUCUGAUCCUGGUCGGCUCAAACGGUCUGCCAGGACUCAGUGCCGUCGACCUCUUACAGACUCUUUGUGCAAGAACACAACCCUGCAGAUGGCAUUAGGGAACAUUUUAUAUUUGGAAAUUGUACAGGUCACAUUAACGUGGUUGAAGUCGUGUGAGAUCUGCAGCUGAACCACCGUCAAACAGACGGACAUUGCCGGGUUUUGUUUUACAUUUAAACGUCACAUUUAGGAACGAGGAGCGCCGCUGACUCGAUGGUGGGAAAUAACCGUUAGUUGCAGGAGAUGGCAAGCAACCGCCACAACUGCUUUUUCUUUUUUGAAUUCUUUGCAACGGGAACGCAGCGUAUUUACACUCUGCUACAAACUGCAGCAGCGUGACGAGGCGCUGAGCGUCUAUUCUGCGCUCAGCGCUGCACGUAUGGUGUUUCCUUCUGGUCGUCGAGAGUUGAAUAAGUUCAACUUUUGGGUAAAACUCCACAAAGACCAACCGUCACACCGUACAUGUAGCUACAAUCAUCCGGAGCGAGUUUUGCAUUUCACAAUAAUCAAGUAUUUAAUUAGUUUUAAAACUGUCAUCUUUGUCGUUUCUAAAGUAACUAUAUACCUAACAAUGAAGCUUAUUUAUACAGCACUGAAAUCAGGAUAAAUGAAGUAGUUUGCACGCCGUUGAGCCGAUCAUCAUCACCGCAGGGGGGAUUCCUUCACCGCUGACGGAAAACGAGUAAUUUGAAGAUUUGGGCUCUGAUGUUUCUGACGGCGAUUAACUGAGAAAACAGCAGGUCAAUCAGUGAUGUGAGCUGGGAGCUGGUGGUGAAUAUGACAUUAGCAGGUGGAUCAGGUGGUUCCUUCAUCAGGUCUGUGGACAGGAAGCAGAGAGAGUUGAGCGUGCCCUUUAACCCCGACACCCUGAACUCAAACCCCCAGAGGUUGUGGAACCAGCUUCUCCUCUUAAAGAGCAGCAAGAUGUGAAAUCUCCAAACCCUCGCCGUGUGCCUGUUUUCUACUUCGCUGUCUGUAAAUUGUGUUUUACUUCUGGCUUCUCUCCUCAAGCAGCUCGUUCAAAAUCACAACUUACCCGAUUUGUAUUUGUUUGUUUUUCUUUUGGAUUGUAAAAAAUGUUGAAGCACUGGCUGAAGCACUGGUGUAAAUACUGGCUGACGGAUGAGAGCGAAAAUUACUGAGCUAAUUUAUUUGAGUGACAGAUUUGGGCUUGGGGAAGGGGGGUGGGGGGGUGUUGUGCACUGUGUUGUUGUUGUUUUUGAUUUGACCACUAGGGGACGACGUUGACUCCCUCUGCAGAGUUUAGUCUUUUAGAGCUUUGUGGUUCUGAGUUUGGACGUGAACUGUAGCUGCACGUUGGACUCUGAAGGUCCUGCAGAUCCUCCAGCAGACGAUCCAAACCCGAAUACACUGCCGAGGCUUGUCGAUGCCACUCGUUCACCCACACAGGACUGAGCUGAUGUUUUUUUUUCUGUCAUUCAUAGAUACAAACUUCUACUGUUAUUUGCUUUUAAAUGUGCAGGAAAUAAACUUUGAUGAUUUGC